AUGCAGGCAUUAAUAGAUAGAGCUAACCAGUCCGGUCACUAUUUACCUCAGGAUCAGAAUCAAUGCUGGGAAUGGCGUUCGUUUAGUCCUCCAAAGGAACAACAUUUGGCUCAUACACAGCCGCAACAAACUGCCGAUGAUGAUAGUACAUAUCCAUUUCAAUAUAAGACAUGGUUAAGGAAGCAAACAGCAGCAGUUGUGGAGAUCGAUACGGAUAGCAACGGCAAGGAGAAUUCGUCCAGAAUUGAUACUUUGAUACCGUUGGACUUAUCACAAUUUGAUAGAACAAAAUAUACUACAAACAACAAUGGUUUAUCCGUAGAUGAUAUUAGAGGAGCUGUCGGUGGUAGUGAAUCUAUUCCAGGUUUAUCCUCAAGUAGUACCACCGAGACGACAACUACCACUAACCCAGCUACAACAGUAACUGAAACCGAUGUAGUAACAACGACUGUCGAAACGCCAGCUGCAGAGACUCCAUCAGCUGAGACACGUUCCGAUGAAAUGCCUAUAACGACCGUUGAGACUCCAUCUGAGGAAACUCAAGCCGGGGAAACUCCUGCACCAACUGUUGAGACUCCUGUUGAAGAAACCCCAAUAGAAGAGACUCCUACUGUAGCGUCACCUUCUGUUGAAUCGACGAAAGAAGCUUCUGUAUCUGAUCCAGUCCCUGAAUCUAAUGAUAUCGAAAUGAAAGAUUAA